AUGCACGACGCCAUCAUCCCUUUGGUGGUCACCGUGGCCACUGUUGCCCUGGCCUCCCCCAUCGCCGAGCCUGCGGCUACCAGAAUGUCUGUCGCUGCCACUACUACAUCUGGCCUAUUCUCUGGCGGUGUCACCACCUCUGUCCCUGACCAUGAUCAGACUCAUCAUAAGACCGACUUCGCUCAGUUCGAGCAAGAGGACGCGUUCUCCAGUUCGAGAGGGGCUCAGAGGCAGCAGCAAGAGACUGAAGACUUCCACUAUUAUUACAGCGAAGCUAGCGCCAAUGAGAAGGGUCCAAGUCAGAGUGCGUGGAAGGAUCAUCGAGGUAUGACUGAGAAGACGGACUGGAACAGGCUAGCUGAGAAGAGAGAUGGUAAGAGAAAGCACGGCGUUGUUUGCAGCAUCCUGUAG